AUGCGGAUAAAAGCAGCCAUUGAUGCUCGUAAAGAGACUGGCUCUGACAUUGUUAUCGUAGCACGAACUGAUUCUCGUCAGGCAGUGUCUUUUGAUGAAUCACUCUGGAGAUCACGGGCUUUUGCUAGUGCUGGAGCAGAUGUCCUUUUCAUUGAUGCACUUUCUUCAAGAGAAGAGAUGAAGGCCUUCUGUGAGAUUGCUCCUUUUGUUCCAAAAAUGCAAGGGAGGGUUGAAAAGGAGACUGUGAAGGUCCUGGAGCUUGAAAAGGAGCCUGUGAAGGUACUGGAGCUUGAAAAGGAGACUGUGAAGGUCCUGGAGCUUGAAAAGGAGCCUGUGAAGGUACUGGAGCUUGAAAAGGAGACUGUGAAGGCACUGGGGCUUGAAAAGGAGACUGUGAAGAUACUGGAGCUUGAAAAGGUGACUGAGAAGGUACAGGAGCUUGAAAAGGAGACUGAGAAGGUACAGGACCUUGAAGAGGAGCCUGUGAAGGUACAGGCGCUGCAGAACCCAACUGUGAAAGGAAAUCCUGACUGUGCAAGAAAGCCCCCAACAACAUUAGGGUUUGGCAGCACAGACUGGCCAGUUGGAGCUGGGAAAGCAGCCUGUAAAAUGGCAGGAGCUGAAGAUCCUGAAGGUGGUAGAAUGUCUGCUAGGAUAUCAUUGUUCUGCUGGGGAAUCCAUUGCUCUUGGGGUGAAAAUUGUGGGCUUGCAGAAGGAGGUUGUGCAGUAGAGACACCGGAUGGCGUGUAA